AAGAGGUGGAAUAUUGAUCGGAAUAGGAUCCAACAAUAUUAGAAAGCUUGCAAACAAAGACUUUGAUGAAACAACCCAGCAGCCUUUAACAAGUUGGAAUGUUGGGUGAUCGAUGGUAUUGUAGAAAAUUAUUCUAUUUGUUUAGUUGCUUUUUAAGCAGCAAACGAUAUGCUAGUGGGUUGACUCGUACUUAUUUAUCUCAACGCUGGAUAGUUUUAUCGAAAAGAAAACAAGUCUUUGGUAAAAGAGUCGAAUUAUUGUGUACUUCUUCGAAAGGAAAAAACCAAAAGGAAACAAAUAGUGGCUGUCUUUAUGUAGUUUCCACGCCCAUCGGAAACUUGGCAGAUGUUUCUACUCGUUGUUUAGAAACACUUCGUAAAGUAGACAUCAUCGCAGCGGAGGACACUAGACAAACAUGGAAACUGUUACAACACUUUGGUAUCCAAAAAGUACAGUUCAGUUUACACCAACACAACUCGGUUGAAAGAAUUCCUAAACUUUUGGAAUGUUUUCGUCAAGGCAAAGCAGUUGCUUUGGUUUGUGACGCUGGAACGCCGUGUAUCUCCGAUCCUGGUCAUAUAGUGAUAGAAGCGUGUCAUCACAAUAGGAUUCCUGUGUAUCCGGUGCCAGGGGCGUGUGCUUUGACUACAGCUUUAUCCGUGUGUGGAUUUCCCAUACCUCCUUUUACUUUCUAUGGAUUCCUUCCUAUAAAAGGAGGUGAGAGACAACAAUUGUUGGAAGAAAUAAAGAAUACGAAACACGUCGUUGCAUUAUAUGAAGCUCCUCAUCGGUUGAUGCUUACAUUGAAUGAUUUAUUACAACAUGAAUUAUCAGAUAGGAGGAUUCUGGUGGCUCGUGAGCUUACUAAAGUGUAUGAAGAAUUGCAUUGGAGUACAGUUACAAGUGCAGUGGAGUAUUUUGGAGAGAAACAAGUGAAAGGAGAACUAACGUUGAUUCUUGACCGAUGGGAUGUAUCAUCAGAUAAGGAUACGGAAAGGAAGAUGCUUUCAGCGGAUGAUAUUCUGAAAACUCUUUUAAAUGCAAAUAUUGGUAGUGGCAGUGCUUCUAAGGUGAUAGCUAGCCUUUAUAAUGUGCCUAAACAAGAAUGGUAUAAGAGAGCAGUAGAAAUAAGAGAAAAACUUUCUAAAAGUACAUAGUGUAUCUAAUAUGGACAGAUAAAUGAAGUUCAUCCAGU